AUGGCGCCGAAAUACGUGACAGGAAUAAAGGCCACCGUCGGCCUAACGACAAAGUUGAGGUGGCGGCGACCAAAGCCACCGCUUCCGGUCACCGUGGCUGCACUGUGCUGGCUGUCGGCUGUCACACUCGUGACCCUCUCCGGAAGGACACUGCUGCUGCUGCCGGCGACGUCGGCCAGCUCCGUGAUUGGGGACGAGAACGGUCCACUAAUAGAGGUACAGACGGCGGUCGGUCUGGACGUCUCGCUGCCCUGCGAUCUGCUGCCAACGAGCAUGACCAUGCUGACGGACAAGGUCUACUUGGUCAUCUGGUACAAGGAGGGCAACACUAAGCCAAUUUACUCCUUCGACGCACGGGGUAAAAGCCUGCAGCAGGCGAUCCACUGGUCGGACGAGGCCGUCCUCAAGUCGAAGGCGUACUUCUACUACGACACCAGCCCCCCGGCCCUGCGGAUAAAGGGCGUCAAGCAGGAGGAUGCCGGACUGUACAGGUGCCGAGUGGAUUUCCACAAAUCGCCCACGAAAAACUGCCGAAUCGACCUGGACGUGCUGGUGCCACCUUCGAAGAUUACGAUCCUGGACGAGCUCGGGGCGGCCGUCCUGAACAACGUCGUCGGUCCGUACCGCGAGCAUGCGGACGUCAAUCUUACGUGCAUCUCGACCGGGGGCCAACCGACGCCGAAGGUCACCUGGUGGCGGGAGCACGCCCUGCUCGACGACUCCAGCCUGGUGCUUCCGGACGGCACCGUCAAGAACGUUCUCUAUCUGGAGAAACUGUCGCGCCACGAUCUGCAUUCGGUCUAUACGUGCCAAGCGAGCAACGGCCACGUGGUACCGCCGCUUUCCAGUGCCGUCAAGAUGGACAUGAAACUGCCACCACUGUUCGUGCGGAUGCAGGGCCUCCGGGAGACACUGACGGCCGGUGUCAAGACGCAAGUAUCGUGCAUCACGGCCGGCAGUCGCCCAGCGCCGAGCGUCGUCUGGACCAAGGGAUCAUCCGUCAUCCGUGGCUCAUCACAAACGACGUCCAACGAUGGCAAUGUCACCGUAUCGGAGCUGGUGUUCGUGCCGGGGCCGGAGGAUAAUGAAAAAUCAAUUACAUGCUCAAUUAGCUACAACGAAGUCGACGGACCGACCGUGCUCCUGAAGGACGCCCACGUGCUGAACGUCAAGCACGUUCCUGUGAUAUCGCUGGCACUGGGCGCACCACUGAACUCGCAGAAUCUGAUGGAGGGCUCGGACGUGUAUCUGGAGUGUGACAUCAAGGCGAACCCGGCGGUGAAGAAAAUCGAAUGGUUCCACAACAACAAGCUACUGCAGUCGGCCCGCGGCAUCAUCGUGUCCAAUCAGACGCUCGUCCUGCAGAGCAUCACCAAGUCGACGCACGGCGAGUACAUGUGUCGGGCAUCGAACAGCGAGGGCACCGUCAACAGCAAUCAGCUUUAUUUGGACAUCAAAUAUCCGCCGGUCUGCAAAUCGGAAGCGCAAAUAAUUCGGGCCGCCGUGAAGCAAACGGUCAACAUCACGUGCGAUAUCGACGCCAAUCCGAUGCCGAACCUGCUGUUCCGGUGGCAGUUCAACAACUCGCUCGAGAGCAUGCUGGAGCUGCCGCCGUACACGAACGUCGAGUCGGAAGCGGCGAACCUGGCCCUGGCCGAGAUCGACCUGGAGACGAACCACAUGGGCCCCAGCCUGGAGGAGAUGGUCCGACGGAAGUUGGAGCGGUUGGAGCACUCGGUCCGUCAGCAGCAGCAGCACCACCACCAGCAACAGCACAAGGACGAAACGGUGGUCCCGUUGGUGGACGGCCAGCUCUACAUGUACCGGGUGGAGACGUUCAACAGCUUCGGCACCAUCACCUGCACCGCGACCAACGCGUACGGCCAGAGUGGCCACUGCGCCUAUCACAUACUCGUCGCCGAUGUACCGGACCCCAUCAAGAGCUGCACCGUUUCGAACGUGACCGCCUACACGGUACACAUCUCUCUGUCACCAUCGAAGGCGGUCCUCGUGCAGCUAACGCCCCUACUGGGAGCCCUCGUCGGGGCGGCCAUUACGCUCUGUCUGGUCGCCGUGUGCGUUAUCGUGUUCGUGAAGUUCAAAACGAAGAAGAAGCACCACCAGACGGGUAACACGGAGCAGGACAAGGGCAGCGCGGAACCGCUGAGCCGCAACAUCGGCAGCCACUCGAGCAUCGACGACAAGAACCCGGACGUGAUCCCGCACGAGAACAGCGAGGACGACGACGAGAAGCAGUUCGAGCGGCUGGCGCUCCACACCGACACCGCGCUCAAGUACACUACCUCGACGACGACGGUGCCGUCCGCGGUCGGGGCCUACUCACCCACGCACCACCACCAUCUCAUGUCCCCGACCGGGAAUGGCUUCAAGAAGUUCGGUGAGCUGUCGCUAACGACCAACCCCGGCUACGCGAUAUACAGCUCGCCGGUCCGAAGCUACGCCAAACCCGGGCCAGGGCAGACGCUCGGUUCACUGCUGCUGUCCUCGACGAGUGCACCGUCGGCCGCGGUGACGCCACCGCCCGGCGGGGGCCUACUGCUCCCGGGAGCAUCCGGCCCACCGAUGGCCACAUCGCCCGGCCACGGGACCGGCUCCGUCCUGUCCACCCCGGUGGGCGCGAUGCUUCCGACGCGCACCUCGCCCAACAUCUACACAAGACUGCCGCUGCGGGACUUUACGCCCAACAGCUACGACAGCAUGCUGAGCACCUCGCAAACGACUUCCUGCUCGUCGUCGUCGAACGGGGGCUACGCCACGUCGCAGAUCUACACCGCCAAAAUGCCGCUCCUGACGACCAACUACAGCACGCUGGACAGUACGGGGCCGUGCGCCACCGGGCUCGGCGGGCCGGACAAAUGUUGA